AUGGCCACCAGCACCGACAUGAUCAGCCCCAUGAAGCGUCAGGGGUAUGGCACGUAGGUCGAAUGUAGCCCCCACCGUGAAGAUACUAAGUGGCUGUGUGAACAUACUGAUGCGGUCUUUGUGCUCUUCGAACCUCGCUCCGAUUACGCUGCUGGUUGACGUUGACUUUUGCAUCGGCGCCCCGAUCCCACGCGUCGCCCCCUCGCCGUCACGUUCACGACAACGUUCACCCACCUCGCAGCAUCGGCCGCGCGUUCCCCGUCCUCGUCAACACGUUCAAGGUUAAGCCGCCUACAGCGACGUGCUACCACUACGAUGUAAGUUCUCGUCUGUUUUAUUCGCCGUGCCCCCUCUCACACGCCCCUUUCCGGCGUGCUCUCGAUUGGGUUCGGACUUGAUUUUGUCGGGCGUGGAUGUUGGCGCUGAGGCUGCCGGUCGGCGGUCGCGCGCUUGGCUCGGUAUCGCUUCGCUCCCCUCCCCAUUUCCUCGUUCAAUUCAGCGGUGGGACCUUUCGUCCCAAUAUGUAACCGUGCUCACCUUCCGCUUUUUCGAUGAGCAGUUCAAGAUUGGUCCCGAAGAUGCGAAACGUCCGUCGCGCGUCAAUCGCGAGGUUUGGAAGCACUUCAUCAAGUCGCUCGACCCUUUCCAAGGCAUCGCGUGUGUCUACGAUGGCAAGGCCCAAGUUUUCGCGCGUGAGUCCAAUCGGGUCGCCAGACACGAGCGCUUCGAUCUCGGCGGUGACGACACCUCCCGCUUCUACUCAGGGCUUACUCCUAAUCGUCGAUUCAUUUUCUCUGCUUCUUGGCUGUAUUGCACCCCGCUCCCGUUGCAGCCAAGAAGCUCCUUGCCGACGAAGGGUCGUGGAACGUCAAUCUCCCUGAAUCCGACGGCCGUGAAUCCAAGUUCAAGGGCAAUCAAUUCACCAUCAAGGUCGGUCAUCGUUGCAGAGGAAUAGGAUGGCUCUUUUCACCAGCGACUAACGAGGUGGGCAUGUGUCGACACAGAUCAAGUACAUCCGCCCGGUGCACCUCGAUGCGUUGAGCGCGUUUGUCUCGGGCAAGCAGACGCAGGUCGAUGAGGGUGUGAUUGAAUCCUGCAUUCAGGCUCGUGAGUCGAAGGUGGAGGCUCGGCUCUUUGUUCUCCGACGUUUUUGCUCACGAUCGAAUGCGCUCGAAUACAAAUUGCUUAGUUAACAUUGUCAUUCAGCACGGACCCUUCCUCUCGUUUUCGAACAGCGGCGCGUCCUUCUUCCUCCCAUUCGACAAUCCGCAAGCGGGCAACAUCUCGAAGGGUCUGACCAUGUGGAGGGGGUACUACUCUUCUCUCCGUUGCGGUCCUUCUUGCAACUUCGUCAGUCCCAUGCGCUACCUAGUCUUGUGCUGUUUGUCGGAAUUGAGGACUUAUCACACUCUUUUUGACGCCACCAUCCACAGAUUCUUCUCGAUCUCGCAUCGCAGCCCUUCUAUCAAGAAGGGGAUCUGCCCAAGCUACUUGUUGAGUAGUGAGUCAUCAUCUACUCUUUCUGCUUUCCUUUCACUGCUCAUGCCCGACUAGCCAGAACUGACCGAGCCCCUUUCACGCUCUCCCUAAGCGGCCGCGCCAAAGACCGCAGUUUCGGACCAGACAAGCUGGAGAGCAAGCGCAUGCCCGGCGCGUUUGCUGUCGAGGCGAACCGAUUUAUCCGUGCACUGCGUAUCUCGAUCAAUGUUGGCAGCAACGGUCCGCCCAUGAUUCGAAAAAUUCGCGAGUUGACGCGACAAAAUGCACAAGACUCCAAGUUCCAGAACGAUGAGGGCAAGACGACCGACGUCGCCGAGUACUUUCGCAAUCACUACAACAUCCGCCUGCAACAUCCCGAAUGGCCGUGUGUCAAGAUUUCGAGUGUUGCUCUGUACCCGAUUGAGAUCUGUACGGUCUUGCCGGGCCAAAAGUACAGCCGCAAGCUCGACCCGACGCAGACGGCCGAAUCCCUCAAGCGCACGACUGUGGGCCCCCGUGACCGUGUCCCCCUGCUCCGCCAGGGAAUUCAGCGUAUCCUCCCGACGAACGCGGGCUCCCCCUUGAACCAAUGGGGGAUGGAGUUCACGUCCGAGUUGAUGCAGGUCCAGGCCCGCCUUCUACCGAAUCCAACCGUGACUCUGCAGAGGCCGGUCAUUCCACGCGAUGGGGUCUGGGAUCUGCGCGGCCAACAGUUCAAUCGGCCCUGCGCCCCUAUCGAGCGCUGGACGGUGUUUGUCUUCGAUCAAGAGCGCUUCUUCCGCCGCCAAGAGGUCGAGAAAAGCGUCUCGGAUUUCGCUCGCGGUCUACAGAACGUCGGAAUAAAAGUACGCGACUCUCGUCCUGCCAUCAAUUACGCGCCAGCAUUGUCCCCAGCCAACAUCCCCGCUUACUUCCGCGAGACGGUCAAGGGGCUCGGCCUUGGCGGUGCGCCUCAGCUGCUCCUCAUCUACCUUGCGCGCAAACCUUGCGAUGAGUAUGCUGCGAUCAAGCGCUUCGGGGAUCUCGACGUGGGAGUUGUGACGCAAUGCCUCAGUGUUCCGAAGGCGAAACGUGGCAACCCUCAGUACUACGCAAACUUGGCGCUCAAGGUCAACUGCAAGUUGAGCGGCAUCAACUCCAUCGUCGAUCUUGGUCCCGCGUGCCCCCGCGACGUCCCUACGAUGAUCAUCGGUGCAGACGUGACCCACCCCGGCCCGGGCUCCUUCGCUCCCUCGAUUGCUGCCGUAGUCGCCACCAUGAACCGCGAGUUCACGAACUACGGCUCACGCAUCCACGUCCAAAGCUCCCGCGUCGAGCUCAUUUCGGGUCAGUACCACGCCUCUCUGGCCCCUGUUUCUCCAGUCUUGCUCGAUUCGAAAGCUUAACUCGACUUUCCAUGGUCUCAUUUGUAGAUCUCGAGGGAAUGAUGAUGGAACUCUUGCGUCAAUUUCACUCCACGAACAGGGUCCCUCCAGCGCGUCUCAUCUUCUACCGCGAUGGUGUCAGCGAGGGGCAGUUCGCUCAAGUCUUGUCGUCCGAGGUCGCUCAGAUUCGCUCGGCAUGUCAGAAGAUCGAUCCGAACUACAAUCCAACCAUAUCGUUUGUUGUGUGCGGCAAGAGGCACCACCUCAGCCUCUUCCCUUUAAGCGGCAUGGAUGGCGACAAGACGGGCAACGUCAAGGCCGGCACUUGUGUUGACACAGGUAGGUGUCGUUUUUUCGACGCUCUUGGCAACCGUUUCAUGCGACUCAGCUAAUCCAGAUGUGGGCUGCGAUCGCUUGCCACAACAGAUGUCACCUCCCCAUUCGAGCACGAUUUCUACAUUCAGUCGCAUGCCAGCCUUCUGGGUACGAGUCGCUCCGCGCACUACAAUGUGCUCCUCGAUGAUGCCAAGAUCUCGGCCGACGCUUGGCAACAGCUCACCUUCAACCUGACGUUUACCUACGCUCGCGCGUCGAGAUCGGUCUCGGUAACGACGCCGGCCUACUAUGCCGAUCGUCUGUGCACUCGCGCGGCAUUGUAUCUUGCGGCUGAGAGUGAUGAUGCUAUGUCGCAAAUGUCGUCGCUCUCCGGUGCUUCAGCGGAACAACAGCAGCGCGAACGACUCCUCGCCGAAUAUCGUAAUCGUCUGGGCAAAAUCCACAGCAACCACAAAGACGCGCUCUUCUUCAUGUGA